AUGGAGAACGAAUUCAAGAAGAUAAGCAGUGCGGUUCCAAAGGAAAGCGAUUUUAUUGAUGUCAUCGUUUCUCUCAAGGAGCGGACACCAACACGUUGUACCUACGUUGACGAGUCUACAUUGAUGGAUAAAUGUGCCGACAAGGUCCCCUCUGCUGAGAGAAGAUUUUCAGACAUGUUAUAUAAGGUUUUUGAAGAGUUUCCAAGCCUAUCUCGGGUUGGUCAGUUGUAUGCUAGCGUUCUUAAUCAGCGCUUCAAUUACUUUCACUAUGUGGAUGCCCGAACUGAAGUCAUGUAUGCAAGUAUGAUGAUGAUCGACAUCUCUGAGACGUAUCAGACCCUCCUCGCUGCAGAUGACUGUGAUUCCCUGGACAAGUGCAAGUCCCUUAAAAGGGCUGCUUUUGCGUGUAUGCUUGCUGUUGUGAGGAGAUGUGUUCCCAGUCUCCACUUUCUCGACAAAGUCCGUGAGUACAUGGCCAAUUUGGAUGAUGCUGGUGGUGAGCAUGCUUCUGCUUCUGCUGCUGUGAAGUACAAGCACGGUGAAGGCUACACUGUCCAGCAACUCCUGCAACAUGAUUUUGCUGAAAACUUUGAGCAACUUGUUGAUCCACAGACUUUGGUUUGGCUUGAGGAGCUGGAUCGUGGACAGUCUCAAAGAUGUGAAAUUGGUCCGUUGUGCUGAUUGAUUGGUUUUAAAGAAAAUCUAAUUCUAAACUAAACAGUGAUUUAUUGAUUCAAUUACUUUUCUUCUUUUUUUUUAUUGAUUCACUUUUUAUUUAAUGAGCCCAAGAGUAAAAUAGUUAUUUUCUUCUACUGAAGAAUUACAUU